CCUCCAUCCUUUCCUUGCAUACGGGUGGGUUCGACUUCAUUUCACUUUCAUUCAAUCGAAGCUCAUCCGAACCCAGAAAAAGAAAAGAAGCAAAGAAAGGGGCUGGCCUUUUCCUAUUACGUGCUCAUACAACAACAAAACAAGGAGGGAAAAAAAAUCUCCUAUACCCUGUAAUCCGCAACAAAGAUUUCGCGGGACCCAGGCCGCUGUCGAUCCCUGAUAUCCACCGCUCUGAUGAGGUGACAUCCGUAAUUCUUUUCUCGCAUGAUUUCUAAAUGGAUGUAGCGUCCUCGUCGUGUGAGCCUCCGACGAACGCCAUGUCCCGCCUGGCUCGGAGAAUCGAGCGCUGCUGCUGCACCUGCCUCGGCCUUUCUCCUUUAGCUUUUGUGUACGGCCUCACAACAUGGGGAGUCUGGGUGAUUGUCAACAUAGGAUCAUCCAAGACAUCUUCUAGCUGGAUAGGCACCACCUCCUCCCUCUUCGGCGUCAUUCUCUAUCUCCUUCUCAACUGGUCAUAUACCACCGCCGUCUUCACCCCGCCGGGUAGCACGACCGACAAUAAUGGCUACAGUGCACUUCCCACAUCCCGCGCUCCGUCGGCGACGUCCUUCACGGUCAAAUCCAACGGCGAGCUUCGCUUCUGUAAAAAGUGUCAGGCCCGCAAGCCAGACCGAUCGCACCACUGCUCAACAUGUCGUCGCUGCGUGCUCAAGAUGGACCACCACUGUCCGUGGCUAGCCACUUGCGUUGGCCUACGAAACCACAAAGCUUUCAUCCUUUUCCUCAUCUAUACGACACUUUUCUGCUGGUACGCCUUCGCCAUCUCGGGCAUGUGGACCUACAACGAGAUCAUGUUGGACACCACUUAUGUUCAGGACAUGAUGCCGAUAAAUUACAUUAUGCUCUGCGUCAUCUCGGGCAUCAUUGGCCUCGUGGUCGGCGCCUUUACCAUAUGGCACCUCGUGUUGGUUGGCCGCGGCCAGACCACUAUCGAGUGCCUCGAGAAGACGCGUUACCUGUCUCCGCUGCGCAAGUCUCUCCGGAACGCAUACGACGCCCAGCACAGCGGCCACGGCAUCCCCCUGCCGGCCUAUGGCCAGCAGAUCCUCGAGAUGCACGAGAACAUCGCACCGGGCAUAACGCGGCCUGAAGAGGGCGAGGAUUACGCCAGCGGCGGCGGCCAGUUGGCCUCAGCCGUUCCUCAGCGCGACGGCAACGGCGCUCUGUACAGCGAGUUGCCCGGCCCAGAGGGUCAGAUGGGUCGCCGCCUGACGUACGACGAGCUCGAACGGUACCAGGCCCGCAAGCGCUACGAUGAGUACCUGGACGAGCAGGAUAGCGCCAAGCUGCCCAACGUCUUCGACCUCGGCGUCCGACGAAACUACCUCCACCUGUUUGGCCAUAACCCCUGGCUCUGGCCUCUCCCCAUCUGCACCACCACCGGCGACGGCUGGUCCUGGGAGCCUAGCCCCAAGUGGAUCGAAGCGCGGGACAAGCUCGCCCUCGAGCGGGAGCAGCAGCGAGCCAGGGAGCGUGCCGCCGGCUGGGGCAUGCCCGAAGAUGUACACGACCAUGCCGCGGCCGCGCCACCGCCGUGGAGCCAAACGUCACAAGCGGCCCCGGUGUACGCGCAGAACGGCCAGCAGCAGACGCACGACGAGUUCCACAAUAUAACUUCCCCAGCCGCUGGCGGGGCCGGCAGGCACUACAACAAGAGCCCGAUCGCCGGGGCGCGCAUCCCUUCCAAGGCAGACCGGGUUCUCGGCAGGGAUCCAAGCCUCUACGUUGAUGCGGCACCGUCGCAACCCCCGCCGGCGUCUGUCUCCAUGCGGCGCCUCGGCCCCAAGGGGCGGGACGACCUCUUCGAUGAUGAUGAAGACGAUUACGACGACGACGACGAUGCUGCCGUUCUUGAUGAGGACUUUGCCGCCCCGGCGGGCACUGCCAAGGACAGGGUAACGGACAGGAGAUCGCCUGGCCUGCGGCCGGACAAGGACUGGGGCCGCGGAGGCGCGAGCGGCCUGCUCAGGGGCAGUGGCACCAUAAGCCCGCGAUCACCAGUCCCGGCCGGCAGGGCGAGGGGUGAUUCGGACGUUGGCGUUGAUUAAUAUUAGCAUGCGAACAGCCAGAAACCGCAUUUGCAGAGAUGUAUCGUGUUUGUAGUGUUUUAUUUUCCACAUCCACUGUUUCUAUCCUUAUGUCUGGACGAUGGUUUUACUUUAGAAAUCAUUUAGCCUUUGUCAUAUUAGACUUUGUUUUUUAUAUAUCCAGCACGCUAUCAAAUGAAUUAAGGAUGAAAAGUGAUGGAACCAUCCCAUAUGGGAUCUGAAUCAUUGCCCUCUCGCAACAUUCGAGCAAAACA